CACGUGGCGGUGAGCGGCGUUGCCGUGGCAGCGGUGGAGGCGGCUCCGGCUCACGGGUGCUCCCGGCCCGGCCCAGGGCAGCAGCGCCCUCGGAGCCCUCCACCCAGUCCCUCCAUGUCCAUAGCCAGCCAGCAUUUCUCCCAUCAUGAGUUCUGAACUAAAUGUUCCAGUGGAUCCUUCCACUCCUGCUUGCUGCUCUGAACCUGGCACAAAGGGCAUGGAUUAUCGGGACUGGGUCCGACGCAGCUACCUGGAAUUGGUCACCUCAAACCACCACUCUGUUCAAGCCCUUUCCUGGAGAAAACUGUACCUGAGCCGAGCCAAACUGAAAGCUUCCAGCAGAACCUCUGCUCUGCUCUCUGGAUUUGCAAUGGUUGCCAUGGUGGAGGUGCAGCUGGAGGUACAGUACAAGUACCCCCAGAUGCUGCUGAUCGCUUUCAGUGCCUGCACAACGGUGCUCGUGGCAGUUCAUCUCUUCGCCCUUCUCAUCAGCACCUGCAUUCUGCCCAACGUGGAAGCAGUGAGCAACAUCCACAACCUGAACUCCAUCAGCGAGUCCCCACACGAGCGCAUGCAUCCCUACAUCGAGCUGGCCUGGGGCUUCUCCACCGUGCUGGGGAUCCUCCUUUUCCUCGCGGAAGUUGUGCUUCUGUGCUGGAUAAAAUUCCUGCCUGUGGGCUCCAUCCUCAAAAACGAGACCACCAACGUGGAGAAGGCCAGUGGCCAUGCAGGGUGGCAGUCAGCACUGGUCUCCACCAUCAUCAUGGUCCCCGUGGGUCUGAUCUUUGUCGUCUUCACCAUCCACUUCUACCGCUCUUUGGUGCGGCACAAAACCGAGCGCCACAACCGGGAGAUCGAAGAGCUUCACAAACUGAAAGUGCAGUUAGAUGGGCAUGACAGAGGCCUGCAGGUAGUGUGACUGCAAGGCAGGGGCUGCUUCCAGCAAACCCUUCUGCUAAGGCUAAGAGCAAACUCCCUGUUUUGCUAGUUGGUGAGAUGCACCCGUGAUGGAUUGUCUUGAGGCUUAACUAUGUAAACGCUAAUCGCCUGCCAUCCAUAGCUGUGGGUUCUCGGGCUGUUUCAGAUGCUGGGGUCUCUGGCCUGCUUGUGGGUCCUACACUCUUGCAUACUGAAGUCAACACUGCCAUGGAGUUCAAGGCCAAAACUUAACCUUGGUUUAGGUAGCCAAAAAAUCUGUCUUUUUUACCAAUGCAAGGUUCUGUUGCCAAAAGUAAAACUGGGUCAGCUGUCCCAGAAGCCAGUGUGUGUGUAGGACCUGUCUCAUGUCAGAGCUCCCUGGCUGUCAAGGCAGCAGCAAUUAACCUCAGCUCAUUUCUAGAGCUGAGCUGGUUAAUGUGGGUAUCUGCAGCUCAUGUGAGGGCAACCAGGAAAGCACAAUAGAAACUGAGUGUUGAUCACCUUUGUUCCAAAGCAAGUAUUCCAGAGAUACAUAACCAGAAAGAAAUCAGCCUUAGCUCUUAUGUUCUUGUUAUUCCUUAUUCUGUUUUUACAGCUGGGGAGGUAGACUCCUGGAUUGCAGGAGGCUGGGUAGCUCUGUCAUACUUUCUUCAGUAGCAUCAGUUCAUUAGGCUGAAUGAAUGCCAAGGUCAUGUGUUUUUUCCCAUAAGAGGCAAGAGUGCCAAGGGAAGGCUUACAGGUGGCUUAGUUUUAACAAGGACAUCCUUAGAGCAGUGACAGGGAAUUUAAUGAGCCAGAACUCUGAAGGACUAGAAAAGCAAGUUCCAAGGAGGGUAAGGACUGACAGCACAUAGAAUGCUGUAGAAACCCAUCACUCUGUUGUCUUCAUGUACGUAUUGUUGCCAUGUCUUUAGCCUGGGUUGUUGGAGAGAACAAGUCCCAGUCCUGGAUAUUUCAGCAGUUGUUUUGGGUUUUGUCAGCUGUAUUUGUCUGUCAAAACCAAAUGCUUCCCUUCUCCCUCCAGCAAAGCAGGCAACUUCCCUGUGGAACCUGGAGCUGUAUUGGUGAGUGUGACAGAGCUGGAUCCAGCAGGAGAGCCGUGUGCCAUUAAAGAGCUAUCACAUUUCAUUGAUCUAACUUUGUUUUCCAGCAGCAGAGAAGACAGUGGCACAUCAGCAUUGCUUAGCAAGGGAAGCUUGUCAAUGCUUGUGGCACCCCUGUGGGUGAAAACUUGUGUACAAAAUGAUGUU